GACAACACGGAGACAACAACAAUGAUAGCUCUGCUGCUGCUGGUGCUGGUCGCUCACUCCUUCGCUCUGCCUGUGCCGUCAGGAGAGACAGACAACUGGCGUUUAGCAGAGAAGUACCUGCGUCGCUUCUACGACCUCCCAGCUGGUCUCCAAGGAAGACAGAGGACAGGUGGUGUCUUUGAGAAGAAGAUCAGCGAGAUGCAGAAAUUCUUCAAACUCAAGGUGACAGGGAAUCUGGAUGACAACACUCUGGAGCUGAUGAAGCAGGCCAGAUGUGGUGUCCCAGACGUUGGAGAGUACAACCACUUCCCUCGACACCUCAAAUGGCAAAAUAACAACGUCACAUUCAGGAUAUUGAAUUAUACACCAGAUCUGAAGAAGUCUGAUGUAGACCGAGCCGUCCGCAAUGCGCUGAACGUCUGGGCUGAUGUCACUCCGCUGACCUUUAAGAAGCUGCACAAGGGCAUCGCUGACAUUAUGAUCAGUUUUGGAGCAAAAGAGCAUGGAGACUAUAACCCUUUUGACGGGCCUAAUGGACUACUGGCUCAUGCCUAUCCACCCGGCCAAGGCAUCGGAGGAGACACUCACUUUGAUGAGGACGAGCAAUGGACCAAAGAUUCAUCAGCGUACAACCUGUUCAUAGUGGCAGCCCAUGAGCUGGGCCACGCCCUCGGCAUGUCCCACUCCUCUGACGCGGGCGCCCUGAUGUACCCCGUCUACUCAUACGCCACAGGCUACCCGCUCUCUGAAGACGACAUCGAGGGCAUUCAAGCGCUCUACGGCCCAAACCCAAACCCAAGGAAAGUGAAGCCAAAGCCUGAUGCGCCGAACAAAUGUGACCCUAUGUUAACAUUUGAUGCUGUCACAGAGCUCAGAGGGGAAACCAUCAUCUUCAAAGACAGAUUCUACUGGCGUCUCCAUCCUCAGAUGCCUGAGCCCGAGCAGACACUCAUCAAGUCCACGUGGCCCAGCAUCCCCAACAAGGUGGACGCAGCAUACGAGAACCCAGAGAAGGAUGUGGUCAUCAUAUUCAGUGGGAUCCGAAUGUGGGCUUUGAAUGGAUAUAACCUUGUGGACGGUUACCCAAAGUACAUACACAAACUUGGACUUCCCAAGACAAUAAGAAAAAUAGAUGCAGCUGUGUACAUCAGAGAUACCGGGAAAACACUGCUCUUCACUGAUGAAGACUACUGGAGCUACGAUGAAGCUACAGGCACAAUGGACACUGGCUACCCACGAUCCUUUGAGGAAGACUUUCCUGGGAUGGAUGACGAGAUUGAUGCUGCUGCUUAUCACUAUGGGUAUUUGUAUUUCUUCCAUGAGCACAUGCAGUACGAGUACAGUUACAACGCAAGGAAGGUCAUUCGCAUCCAGAGGACCAACUCCAUUCUCAACUGCUGAUGAGGUGGUCCGCAACCGUCAGCAGUGGCUAACAAUAUACACAAACACACGUUACAAAUGAGACACGGGAGGAUGCAGCUCAUUGGACGAGCAGAGGAAUGGAGACAUGUAGGGUAGAGAUGACCUGUUACAGUUAAACAGGUUCAAAAAAAGUUUAUUUUUACUAGUGCUGGACACCUGUAGGUCAGACAACUUGUCACAUAGAGAAUGCUGGAAAAUUCCUAAGAAAUAUAUUUCCUUAGAUUAUUUGCUAUUUAUUUUAUAUCUCUACAAGUUUCACUAUAGACAGCAAGAUCCUUAGCUGGUUAAGUGUCUUGUCAGUAACAGCAACAGUCAGAAACAACAGCCAAAUAACUACAUUACUUGUUGUUGGGCUGCGUUCAACAAUGCUGUGUUUGUCCUUAGCUUUUUGUACGUUUUGUGAAUUACUGUAAAAGCAGAGAAAUCAAAACUGGAUUAAUGAUCUUGUGUUGAGCUGAGCGUAAAGUCAUGUUGCUCCACUUCCAUCACAUGAGAUUACAUUUGAAGUAUCUUAUUCAACACUGCAGACCUUACUCAGGCCAAACCUUUGCAUAUUGAAUAUGCCCCGGGUAACACCUGGAUGGGACUGUGUCUGAUAGAUCCAGUUAUUCAAACCAGUUUUCUGAACAUAAUGCUUUUACCAAAUGUCAUUUUAGCACCGACAUGUUUUUGAGACA